AAUAUAAUGAUACUAGAACGUGUUAAGUACUGUCACUAGCUGUUUUUGAUUGCAUCAAGUGUAAAUUCAUUAGAUUCUGAAUAAGGACUAAAUUAAACAAUUACUAAUUAGUUUUUAGAACGACAAUUAGAUUAUGUAACCACGCAUAAAGCAUCGGUUGUGCGUCAUCUAAUUUUUUUAUAAUAAUUAAAUUAUCUUGUUGCAGAUUGAGUGCUGUCUGACAUUUGUGCUCUUCGUAAUUAUCUUAACAGAAUCGAAAAUUAUUUUACAUAACAUAAAUAACAAUUUCAAUUAAUGAUGUUAUCGAAAAACAUAUAAUAAUGCGAAAUAUAAACAGGCUAUAUCAAAAAGCAUUAAGAAAAUAUCCUGAAUAUUAAUGGGACUUGGUGAUCAAAUUGCACAGAACUUCAUAGAUGAUUCGAAAAACAUUGAUUUUGUACGUACAAUGCAAUUUGCAGGAAUUGGUUUUUUCAUUACUGGUCCAGCGACAAGAACAUGGUAUGGGAUUUUAGAUAAAUACAUAGGCUCCAAAGGUUCCUCCGUUGCUAUUAAGAAAGUUGCCUGUGAUCAAUUAUUUUUUGCACCUUCAUUCAUAGCAGUUUUGCUAGUUGCUAUUGGUAUUUGUCAAGAAAAAGACAUUGCAAAACUAAAGGUUAAAAUAGCAAAUGAAUACAGAGAUAUUUUAAUAAAUAAUUAUAAGCUAUGGCCUAUGGUACAACUUUUGAACUUUUCUAUAGUACCUUUGAAUUAUCAAGCACUAGUUGUGCAAUCAGUUGCUUUACUGUGGAAUAGUUAUAUUUCAUAUAGAACAAGUCUAGAUAAACAUAACGAAUUUAAAUAAAUAAAUAUGAUUAAAUGACAUUCUAACUCAAAUGACAAUUCUAGCUAUAGUAUUUGUACAAUGAAUCAUUCCAUAAUAUUAGUAACAUAUGUUUGUAAUGUCAAGAGAGUUAUAUUGAAAUCUUUUAUUAAAUUAUAACAAAAACGAGAAA